AUGAAUAAAACUGAUUUACUAACUCAACAAAUAACAGAAAGGGUUAGGGAGAUUAUUACUAGUCCCCAAAGUGGUUAUGAGAAGAGGAUUGCUUUGUUCGAAUACUUAGAAGGUUUGGAAAUAGGAGAUUUACAACCCCAAGAAAAAAAUAGAGUAGAUUGCCUAUUACAAAGCCGUUUGCAUAAUGAAUUAGCUAAAAAAUACAUGAAAGAAUAUAAAAAAUUAACUGUUGAUAAUUUUAUUGCAGCAACUUUGCAAGAAAUAGGCUUUUGA